AUGACGGGCUUCAAGAAGAGCGCCAUCUUUGGCCUCCUCUCUUCCCUUGCGGCAGUUACCGCUCAGAAGUUCACAAACCCCGUCAUCUGGGAGGAUCUCCCCGACAAUGAAGUCACCCGUGCUGGAGACGCCUACUACAUGACCUCUUCAACCUUCCACUACUCCCCCGGUGCUCCUGUCCAGCGAUCUUAUGAUCUUGUCAAUUGGGAACAUAUUGGUCACUCUGUUCCUGUCCUCGACUGGUCGCCUGACUACAGUCUUGAGAAUGGCAGGAGAGCCUACGUGAAGGGCAUUUGGGCCUCGUCUCUGAGAUACAGAGAGAGCGACAAGAAGUUUUACUUUGUCGCGUGCAUCAGCGGUACUGGAAAGACGUUUGUGUACAGCGCUUCCAGCCCGAUGGGACCAUGGACCAAAGGCGCCACCAUCAACAAGUGCUACUACGAUGCUGGCUUGCACUUUGAUGAGACAGAUACUCCUUACGUUGCGUAUGGUCGUGACGAUAUCCAUCUCGCUCAGCUGAGCAAGGAUAUGAAGAAUGAAGUCAAGGAACAGGUCGUGCUCAGACCUCCUCUGACUCUCGAAGGAGCGCGUCUGUACCAGCGAAAUGGAAACUGGUACAUCUUCUUGACUCGUCCUCCGGAUGGUCAAUACAUCGCCAAGUCCAGCAGCGGACCUUGGGGACCGUAUGACAACCGCAUCAUUGCUGAUAGACUCAAACUCUCUGCUGUGCCUCGCGCUGGAUCUCCUCACCAAGGAAGUCUUGUGCAGACGCAGAAGGGCGACUGGUACUACAUGGGCUUUUCGGACAUGUACCCCGGAGGAAGAUGCCCUGUGCUUGCACCCGUUACCUGGAAGAGCGAUGGAUUCCCUCAAAUCACUACUGUCAAUGGUGCUUGGGGCGAUUAUGACUACCCUCUUCCUCGUCGCGAUGUCGCCAGUCCUAUUGGUACAGACAACUUCCCUGGUACCCAGCUCCGAGCAGAUUGGGAAUGGAACCACAACCCAGUUACCAGCGGCUUUACCGUGAACAACGGCCUGACUCUCCGAACCGUCACCGUCACCAAAGAUCUGUACCAAGCUCGCAACACUCUCACCCAUCGCAUUCGCGGUCCCCAAGGCCAAGCUACAGUCGUGAUUGACUUUUCCCAAAUGGCCGAUGGUGACCGCGCGGGCCUCGGUGUCCUGCGUGACCAGUCCGCCUGGAUUGGUAUUGAGCGCGAAGGAAGCAGCUUCAACCUCGUCAUGGUCUCAGGACUCACCAUGAACAAAGACUGGUCUACCAAGUCUAUGGGCAAUGUGGUCGCGAGAACCAACAAUGUUUCUUACCGAAAGGUGUACCUUCGUGCGAAUGCAGAUGUUCGGCCUGGACAAGCCGGUAGUGCCAAGUUUAGUUACAGCACUGACGGAAACAGCUUCACUAGCUUCGGAAGCACGCUCACGUUGGGAACUUAUUGGGAAUUCUUCCCAGGUAACAGGUGGAGUGUUCACAAUUUCGCGACCAAGAACCUUGGUGGUUCUGUCAAGGUUGAGAGAUUUGACAACCGAUAA